CAAAUUACCAUAGAGUAAGAGCACGAGGUCGAGUACACAUGGCUGUGUCCAAAGUUAACCUCAAAUAACAUUUUAAAAAACUAUUUAUUAUAAAUUUGUGUUGUGAUAUAUUUAUUUAAUUUAAAUUUGUGAAUUUUAAAAUUUAAGUAAUUUUACGAAUCGCUAGUAUGCCGGAAAAAAAUUUACGAUUCGCCGUAAUAUGUUUCGCUAACAUGAACAGAAGCAUGGAAGCCCAUAAACGUCUGAAGAAAAAAGGUUUUGAUGUCAAAUCUUAUGGAGUUUGCGAUCGGAUAAGAAUGUUGUGUCAUAUUGAAGGAAAAGCGAAUGUUUACUCAUUUGGAAUGAAGUAUAGUUACAUUUACAACGAUUUGGUCAAAAAGAAUAAAGACUAUUAUAAGAAAAUAGGCUUACUCGACAUGGUAAGAAGGAAUAUGAAAAUAAAGUCUGGACCAGAGCGAUUCCAAUCGACGAAAGAACGAUUUGACGUCCUCAUUACCUGCGACGAGAGAGCUUAUCAUCGAGUUAAGGAAUUUAUGGAAGGAAAAAAUGAAGAUUCUUCUUCUUGUAAGCAGCCAGUUUACUUGAUCAAUGUUGGUAUUAAAGAUGACAUCGCAAGUGCUGCAAGUGGUUCCUAUCUUAUUUGCGAAUUAGCUACGACGAUUGCCAGCUGCGAAAACUUGGAUGACAAUUUCGAUGAGUUGGUUGCUAAAUUUGAGACUGAUGUGUACAAAAAACCCAUUUUAAGAACUGUAUUAUUUUAUUAAGAUGACUUUUUUGUAGUUAUAAGGAUAUCUAGUUUUUGAUAAAUUAAUUAUUUUUAAUAUGAAAUUUUUUUUGACUAUGUUAGAUAAGCUGUAAAUUUUCCUGAUAGCAAAUUUUUUUCAAAAUGUUACUGCUCAGUGUUCGCGGUAAAAUUAUCAUCAAAUUCAUGUUGUCAAAAUUUUGACUAAUCAACCAUAAGUAUUAUCAUUUUACUUUUGAUGAAACAAUG